GUGACCAAAUCGGUAAUUUGGCCAGUUGAGAACCGGUUCAUCACUGCAGAUCCGAAGUUGUACCCAACCUCUACCGUCUGGAUCGUCUUCUGCAACGAAAUUGUACUAUCAUGGCUCCGUGCAAAUGGAGUUUUUCUGCAUGAACCUAAGAUUGCCUCCUGCUUCUUCGGUUGGUCGUUUUUAAAUAGGUUUGAAGAUACCAGACAUUAUGAGUGAAAAGGGAAAGCAUAGAAUCUUGAUGGUUUCUGAUUUUUUCUUUCCCAACUUUGGCGGUGUGGAGAAUCACAUAUACUAUUUAUCACAAUGCCUGAUUGAGCUCGGCCAUAAGGUGGUUGUCAUGACUCAUGCUUAUAACAAUCGUAGUGGAGUGAGAUAUAUGACAGGUGGCCUAAAAGUUUAUUAUGUGCCAUGGAAACCAUUUCUCAUGCAAAACACACUCCCAACCUUUUAUGGGACUCUUCCAAUAAUAAGGACAAUUUUAAUUCGAGAAAAGAUAUCAGUGGUCCAUGGACAUCAAGCCUUCUCAACUCUAUGCCAUGAAGCUUUGAUGCACGCAAGGACAAUGGGAUACAAAGUUGUGUUUACUGAUCAUUCUCUUUAUGGUUUUGCUGAUGUGGGCAGCGUUCAUAUGAACAAGGUACUGCAAUUUACACUGGCAGAUGUGACCCAAGCUAUUUGUGUAUCUCAUACAAGUAAGGAAAACACAGUUUUAAGAUCUGGGCUGCCACCUGAAAAAGUUUAUGUAAUUCCAAAUGCUGUGGACACAGCUAUGUUCAAGCCUGCUCCAGAGCGACUCAGCAACAAUGAAAUUGUUAUCGUUGUGAUAAGUAGGUUGGUUUACCGCAAGGGAGCAGAUCUGCUUGUUGAAGUAAUUCCUGAAGUAUGCCGAUUGCAUCCCAAUGUUCGCUUUGUCAUUGGAGGAGAUGGUCCUAAAAGGGUGCGGCUUGAAGAAAUGAGGGAAAAACACUCCCUUCAAGAUCGAGUAGAUAUGUUGGGUGCUGUUCCCCAUGCUAAUGUGCGAUCAGUUUUGAUAACUGGGCAUAUAUUCUUAAAUAGUUCUUUGACUGAAGCUUUUUGUAUAGCCAUAUUGGAAGCUGCUAGUUGUGGAUUAUUGACUGUCAGUACGUGUGUUGGAGGUGUCCCAGAGGUUCUUCCAGAUGAUAUGAUUGUUCUUGCGGAGCCAGAUCCUAGUGAUAUGGUUCAAGCAAUCACAAAGGCUAUAAAUAUACUUCCCCAGAUUGAUCCAGAAACUAUGCAUUUGCGUAUGAAGAAACUGUACAGCUGGCAUGAUGUUGCCAGAAGGACUGAGACUGUAUAUGACCGUGCUUUAAGAUGCUCCAGUCAACCUCUGUUAGAACGACUGUCCCGGUACCUUACUUGUGGUGCUUGGGCAGGCAAGCUUUUUUGUCUGGUUAUGCUCAUCGAUUGCAUAUUGUGGCAAUUCUUGCAGCUAUGGCAGCCUGACAGAGACAUUGAGGUGGUGGCAGAUGCAACCCUUACAAGUUUCCUUCAUGAAGAAAUGUCACGGGAUUCCUUUUUUUUUUUUUCCGGAACGAUAGAUGAUAUUUCAUAGAAAUUUGAGACUUUACAAUAUUUGAGCAACGGCUCAACUAACUAUACCAAGUGUACCAUGACACUUAAGGAGGAACUAAGGUUCUCUCCUCAUCCAUACAUAUGCUUAGAGCAUAAAGACUAAUCUGAUUACAUAGAUUCAUAUUA